AUAUGUACAUGUAUAGCACCAAAGGUAUAUACAUAGACAUGUAUCACAGCUGAUCGCUCGGUCAGUGAACUCGCGGGUAGGUUAAGAUUUUGAUAAAUAAUUUAAUGUCAUAAUUGGUGGUAGUUUUAACUUGUCUCUCGAAAUAUAUCUUCUAAUACGAACGGACGUGCAUUUGCCUUUUUAUUAGUUAUCCCAGGUUCCCGGCUCCUAUAUAUCUCAUUUGGCGACGAAUUCGGACAAUUAAGCGUGCGGCAGUGAAAGGACAGUGUUAUAAUGUCGAUUGGAAAGUUGCAACCGUUUGAUCCUAGCGCGGACGAUUGGGCGUUGUAUGUGGAUAGGUUAGAACAGUAUUUCAUUGUGAAUAGCGUAACGGAUGCAUUGAAAGUGCCUACGUUAAUUACAGUGAUGGGCAGUGCAAGUUACGAGUUAUUAGUGACAUUGUGUACGCCGGACAAACCUUCAACAAAAAAAUUUGAAGUGUUAAAAGAACUGAUGACUAAUCAUUUACAGCCUAAAAGGAGCAUAAUGGCGGAACGUUACAAAUUUCGUCAACGAAUACAAAAAAAAGGCGAGUCGUUGGCGGUCUAUGUCGCGGAUUUAAAGAAGAUGACUCAAUAUUGUGAUUUUAAGACAGAACUGGAAAAUAAUCUACGGGAUCAAUUUGUGUGCGGCAUAGCGGACGAUACUAUUAGGCAGAGGUUGUUCGUAGAAGAUGGAUUGACAUUCGCCAAGGCUUGGAAGCUGGCGGUUGCCAUGGAGGCAGCAGAGAAAGACGCAGCGGCGGUCGAUAGUAGGACGCGCGGCACUAGUAAAGAGGUUGUGGAAGUGCUAUAUGCAUCGGCCAGCGGCAGCGGGGCCAGAAGACAGGGCUCGUCGGGGGCCUGGAGGUCUAACGGGGCAAGCCAGGCAGCGGGGCGCAGCAAGGCGGCACCGCAGGCAUGGGGCGGACGCGCACAGGCGAAGCCGGCGCCCGUGGCGGGAGCGGCAUCGGCAGGAGCGCCGCGCGCUCGCGAGCAGGGCCAGUGUCGUGCUUGUGGCGGCAAUCAUGACGCGGCGACUUGCAAAUUCCGCAUGUAUUCUUGUCGCGUAUGCAUGCAACAAGGUCAUUUAAAGAAGAUGUGUCCCCGACUACAAACCGGAGCUAGAGUGCAUGCGUUGGACGCGAACGAGGAGGACGAGGAGGAGUUGUUGAACGAGGUACAAUUGAACGCUUUAUCUGUAGGCAGUUUAAGUCGUUAUAAGCCGUUUAUGAUGACAUUGGACGUUAACGGAAUAGGUUUAGAAAUGGAAGUUGACACCGGUAGUGCCAUUUCAUGUAUAAGUCUUGAAUGCUAUCAAAAAUUAUUUAAUAAUCUACCUAUUUUAACACCUAAUGUAUUAGUUAACUUAUACGCAGGAGAAAGUUUACGCCCGGUCGGUAAAAUUACUCCAAUAGUUAAAUAUAAAAACAAAGAGAUAUCUUUAGAUUUAUUCGUUAUAGAUGGGGGCAAAAACCCAUUGUUAGGAAGACAAUGGCUGUACGAGUUGACAAUGGGCGUGGAGCCGUUUAGUUGUAACAAAAUUGAUACCAAAUUGGAACUUACUAUGGAUUCAUUGAUUUCUAGGUAUAAGGAUGUAUUCGCGGACGGGCUCGGGCGGUACACAGGCGGCACGGUGGCGCUGCGCGUGCGCUCGGGCGCCGCGCCGGUGUACAUGCGAGCGAGGCCGCUGGCGUACGCGCUGCGUGCGCCGGUGGAGCGCGCGCUGGACCAGCUGCAGCGGGACGGCAUUAUUACGCCGGUCGAGACGUCAGACUGGGCCACGCCGAUAGUACCGGUAAUUAAGCGUGAUGGACGUAUUCGCAUUUGUGGCGAUUAUAAAUUAACACUCAACAGAUGCUUAGAAGUUGACCGUUUUCCCUUGCCUAGAGUUGAGGACCUGCUUGUCAAAUUACACGGGGGGGAAACGUUUUCAAAAAUUGAUUUGUCUCAAGCCUAUGCACAAUUCGAAUUGGACGAGGCAUCUAAACCUUAUACCGUAAUCAACACGCAUAAAGGCUUGUAUAUGUAUAAUAGGCUGAUCUAUGGGCUAUCAUCGAAUCCGGGAAUAUUUCAAAGGAAACUAGAACAACUUUUCGCAGACUUACCGCGAGUAGGCGUUUUCCUUGAUGACGUAAUUAUAACGGGAGUAGACAGGGAAGAUCAUUUGCGUACAUUACAUCAAGUGCUAGGACGCCUCGAGAAAUUUGGGUUGAAAGUUAAGAAAGAAAAAUGCUCUUUCUUCGCGGAAUCGGUGACGUAUUUAGGGUUUCGCAUUAGUAAAGAAGGGGUUCACACGUGUCCGGAAAAGAUUAAAGUCAUAAAGGACAUGGCGAUACCGGCCAAUUAUGACAUAGAGUACGUGCCUACGGACAGAAAUGGAGCUGACGCAUUGUCCAGGCUACCAGUGGGGAAGCAGGCAGCAGACAGGACUGAGUCAGGGUGGCCAGCGAAGUGUGACGAUCCAGAGCUGCAGUCGUAUUGGGUAAGGCGACACGAACUGUACUCAGAAGCAGGGUGUGUCAUGUGGGGCUACAGAAUGGUGAUACCCACGACAUUAAGAAAGGACGUUCUACGUGAGCUGCAUAUAGGCCACUUUGGAGUCGUCAAGAUGAAAAGUCUCGCCCGGAGCUAUGUUUGGUGGCCCGGCAUUGAUGCUGAGAUCGAGAAAACGUGUCGGGAAUGCACCACCUGCGCUCUGGAAGCACCAGCCAAAUCUACACCACAAGCUUGGCCAUAUCUCGAAGAAGUUUGGAGUAGAUUGCAUAUGGAUUUCCUAGGACCCCUAAACGGCAUGACCUAUUUAGUAGUCGUAGAUUCAUCGUCCAAAUGGAUUGAAGUAAAACAAAUGACGAGAACGACGGCAGAUGACGUCAUCAGAGUUUUGAGGGAGAUGUUUGCUCGUUUCGGGCUACCCAAGAUGGUGGUAUCGGACAAUGGCCCGCCGUUCACGAGUGGAGAACUGGCUCAGUUCAUGCAAUUUAAUGGUAUAAAACAAACCUACUCCCCGGUGUAUCAUCCAUCUUCAAACGGAGCAGCGGAAGGUGCAGUAAAGCUAGUUAAAAAAACCAUUUUGAAGGCUUUACGGGAUAGGCAAGACGUGGACGCUGCGCUCCAGACAUAUUUACUGGCGUAUAGGAAUUCUAUUCACAGUAGCACGGGCGAGUCGCCGGCGAGGUUGCUGCAGCGACGAGGUCUGCGCACACGGAUGGACCUGCUGCGCGCUGACGCCGGCGCCGCUGCGCACGAGUGUGCGCGCGCCGCGCAGCUCCGACAGCGCGAAAACGCGGGGGGCGUCUCGAGGUCGUAUAGUGUAGGUGAUAAUGUUUGGGCUAGGAAUUUUAGCAAGGGGGAGAAAUGGGUUAGCGGUACGAUCACGGAACAAUUAGGUUCACGUAAUUAUUUGGUGCAAAGGGAAGACGGUCAAAUUAUGAAAAGACAUAUAGAUCAGUUACGCAAUAACUCACGCUUAGCUAUAACGGCGUGCCCAGCGGCGGACUACGACGAUAACCAUGAUAACUCGGAGCCGUGUGCGCCGCCGGAGCCCGCCUCUGUGCCGCCCGCCCCGAUACCUAAACGUGUGCCCGUGCCCGUAGAAAGAUAUGGCAAUCCCAUAUUAUAUUAA